AUGUUUGCAUCGGUUAAGGGCGCGAGAGCGACCGGAAGAACCUUUGGGACGCGUCCCACAGUUUCCCACGCGUCUGCGUUUCCCAAGGCGCUGAGGCUGCAUAGAUUUCAGUCCACAGCGAGCGGUUCUUCGACGGCUGUUUCUCAGGUAGCGGCUGGUGCCACAGGAGGAGUCGUGGUCCUCGUGGGUGUGUAUGCGUGGUAUCAUUUCUCUGGUGCCAAGACUGCCGUAGACGCAUCCAAGGCAGCGGCGAACUACUACCAGGAGACUAAGCGCGCUAUCGCGGAGAAUGCUCCCAAGAACCCGAAUGAAGUCAUAGAGUUCCUCCGAAAAACCACGAAGUCAUACGCUGGUCUGAUCCCUGGAGCUUCGUCAUAUAUUGACUCGACCUUCGAUACAUUGGACCAACUGCAUAAGACUCACGGCGAUGACGUCAACCGUGUUCUGCAGGAAGGCUAUGACGAUAUCCACAAGAUUAUUCAGGAGAGUGGCAAUGGCGUGAGCGUAGAGACUGGGAUGAAGGUCAUGGGAGUGCUUCGCAAAAGAAUGAGCGAACUGGAGGAAGUAGGUAAGAAAGUGGGGCAGGACGUAUUCAAGACGCUCAGCGAGAAGCACCCGGAGAUCAAGGAGAAGCUUGGAGGGAGCUACGAAGAGUUAAAGGAUAUGGCUGAAAAAAGCGGCCCAAAAGCGAAGAAGAUAUUAGACGAUACCUUGAGUCAGGUCAAGGAUAUCUUCGAGAAAGGCUUUAGUCCCGAUAGCCUAAGUCAAGCACAGAAACUCGUGAGUUCGAAGGUUUCUGAAGCUCGCAAACUCGCGCAGUCGUCUGGCCAAGGCGCAUGGAACGAGGCUGUGAAACAGGCGCAGCCGUACCUUGACAAGGUGCCUGAAAUCAAGAAGCUCAUCGAGGACAACGCGUCCAGCUUCAUGGCGGCUGGCGUGUCCCAGAGCAAAGUCGUGCAGGAAGUCUUCGCGAAAGUGAAGGACGCCGCGGAGGGGGGUACAGCUGGAAAUGAUCAGAAGAUGAAGGAGCUGCGGGAGUUUGUCGAGAAAAAGGCGCAUGACGUGCAGGGGCAGGGCUCGGGCGGAGUCGAGCAUGGUUUGCAAGUGUUGCAGGACUGGGCCAAGGCGAUGCCCGGAGGUGAGGAGAUGCUGAAACAGGCACCAUCCAUGAGUGCACUCAUGCAGCUCGCCCAAGAUCGCGGCGACGACGCCAAGAAACUGACGAAGGAGGCGUACGAGGACAUUGUGAAAGUGCUAGAAGAGAAGGGCAAGAAUGCCCGGGACUUGUUGGAGAAGUCUCAGAACGAUGUGAAACGCAAGUCAUGA